UCGUUCAUAUGUGGCUCCAUUGAUGAGCGUAAUGCCCAGAUUUUCGGUAUAUGUCAUGUAUACACUGGGUACUACCUAAUGAAUGGCCCAGAUCGAUCAUCCAUGUGCCUUUUAUGGUUCUAAAUUACCAAGAUCACAGUAUGCACUGCCAAACGAGAUCGAUCACACGUGUGCCAUCCAUGGUGGGAAAUGAUAAACCAACCAUCUCUCUCUUGGAAGCCAUUGUAAGCUUUCAGUCAUGUUUUCUAAGCUCCUAAUGUGGUUUCUCCUCAUGAGACUUGCUGCUUCUGAAGGUGACUAUGAUUUCAUUUACAAGGGAUUCCACGGCGAUAACAUAAGCCUAGACGGCUCGGCAAAGAUCACAUCCAAUGGCCUCCUUCUUCUCACCAAUUCCUCAAGUCAAAAGGGCCAUGCCUUCUACUCCAUCCCGCUUCACAUCAAACCUUCACACGGUAAAACUCAAUCUUUCUCUGUCAAUUUCGUCUUUGCGAUCAUGCCCCAGUAUCCGAACGUGGGUAGCACCGGGAUCGCAUUCGUGAUCUCGCCUUCGAAAGAGUUCCCAGGAGGUGAAGUAGGCCAAUACUGGGGCAUCUUCAAUCCGAAGAACAUCAGAAAUUCAUCAAAUCACAUAGCUAUCAUCGAGCUCGACACGGCCCUUGAUCAAGAUUUCGGUGAUAUCAAUGAGAACCAUGUCGGAGUCGACAUCAAUGGCUUAGUUUCCAUCGAGUCCGCUCCUGCAGCUUACUUUAGUAAUAUGGAUGGCAGUAGUAAGAAUUUAAGCCUUAUAAGCGGAGAACCAAUGUAUGUUUGGAUAGAUUACAAUGGCUUCCAAAACCAACUCAAUGUAACGUUGUCUCCUAUAGACUUACCUAAACCUGAACGUCCACUCUUGUCAUUGAUGGUGAAUCUUUCAUCGAUUGUGUUAGACGACGUGUAUAUCGGGUUUGCUUCAUCAACCAGGACGUCUCCAGUAUCUCAUUACAUCUUGGGAUGGAGCUUUAAGAUGAACGGUCAGGCUCAGGCCCUUGAUCCAUUGCACCUUCCCAAGCUUCCACGGAUAGGACCCAAAAAGAAAUUGAAGCUUUUAAUAGUUGGGUUACCCGUAAUUGUGCUAAUUUUCACAUUAGCAAUCAUCCUGGCCGUGGGUCUCACGGUGAGAAGGAAGAUCAAGUUUGCCCAAGUACUAGAGGACUGGGAACGCGAAUACGGGCCUCAUCGAUUCUCGUACAAGGAUCUAUUCAUGGCCACUAAGGGCUUCACAGACAAAAAGCUCCUGGGGGUCGGUGGUUUCGGGAAGGUUUACCGAGGUGUUUUAUCAACCUCGAAGAUCGAAGUGGCUGUGAAGAGAGUCUCUCAUGAAUCUCGACAAGGGAUACGAGAAUUCAUAUCCGAGAUCGUGAGCUUGGGCCGUCUCCGUCACCGGAACUUGGUGCAACUUCUUGGCUAUUGCCGGCGAAAGAGAGAGCUCCUACUGGUCUAUGAUUUCAUGCCCAAUGGAAGUCUGGACAAGUUCCUCUUCGACCAUCCAAAAUCAAUGCUGAGAUGGGGCCAUCGGUUUCGGAUAAUCAAAGGAGUAGCCUCAGGGCUUCUCUACUUGCAUGAGGAAUGGGGGCAGGUGGUCCUUCACAGAGACAUCAAAGCCAGUAAUGUUUUGUUAGAUAGUGAGAUGAACGGUAGAUUGGGCGACUUCGGCCUUGCUAGAUUGUACGAUCAUGGGACCGAUCCACGGACGACCCACAUGGUUGGGACCUUCGGAUAUCUUGCACCAGAGCUGACUAGGACCGGGAAGGCCACCACAAGCACUGAUGUGUUCGCAUUCGGAGCUUUCAUGCUUGAGGUAGCUUGCGGGAGGAGGCCCAUCGAUCCCCAAUCAUCGGUGGAUGAGGUGAUAUUGGUCGAAUGGGUGUCAGAAUGCUGGAGGAGAGGGACGAUUCUGGCAGCAGCGGAUUCGAAACUGGGACUUAACUAUGAGGUGGAGGAGAUGGAAUUGGUGCUGAAGCUUGGAUUGCUGUGUUCGCAUCCGUUCUCGGCCGCCAGGCCGAGCAUGCGGCAAGUAAUGCAGUUUUUGGACGGCGAUGCACCUUUACCCGAGCUCUCGUUGGACCGUUUGGGUGCCGCGAUCCUGGCUGUGGGCCAUACCCAUACUGAAGGGUCGGAUGAUCUUCGCUCGUCAUAUCCUUCUUCUUUGGAGCUGGCGAUUGCAAGCACAUCAUCUAUCCAAGAACCGGUCCUCUCCGGGGGCCACUGAUGGACGAUGGCGAUGGUGUGAGUUUGCUAUCCUUUAAUGAACCGGUAGCAUUACUAGAAGACGAAGACAAAGUGGUAGCGAUGUUGACCAAAAAGCAGCAAGGUUAUCACGUGGUGACGUGGUUUGCUUUUUUGUCGUCUGGAUUUGGGGCGCCGCUUCAGUGGAUGAGGUGGGUGGAUCCCUGUCUGUGGGGUCCACCUAAAUGUAUUUUCCUUACAUCCAUGCCGUCCAUCCGUUUUGAGACCUCAUUUUAUGUGUAGUAGAAAAAACAAUGAAUUAGAUCCAAGCUUACGUGGACCACACCACAGGAGACGGUGGUGAUUGAAUACCCACCUUUAAAAACUUCUAGGGGGCCGCCGGAAUGUUUACUUGCCAUCCAACCUUUUGAGACCAAUAACAAAUUUUUAUUGGUCAAUCACCAUGGUUUCAUGUAGUUGGAUCUUAAGUUUUUGGAAUCAUACUUAUGCCAAAAUGGAUGAACAGAUUAGAUGUAAGGCAUAUACAUUAUGGUGGGCUCCACAGUCAGGAAUCCACCCAUUCCUAACCCGUUGAUUUGCUACUGUUUGUUGAAAUGUGAGGAAUUCACUUCAUAGAGUUAAACGUGAUCUUUAUGAGCCUGAAUAGCUGACAUGUACGUUGAGGAGCUCUCUUUAGUUCA